AUGAGUUCAGCGACGACAGAGGUGGCUACAUUCGCAAACGGGUGCUUUUGGGGAACGGAACAUUUGUACAGGAAGUAUUUUGGUGGUAAAGGGCUCUUGGACGCGAAAGUUGGAUACAUUGGUGGCAACAAGCCGAAUCCGACCUACCGAGAAGUUUGCACCGGCAAAACAGGCCAUGCUGAGGCUGCUCAGCUCUCGUUCGACACGUCCAAAGUAUCGUACGCAGAACUCGUUGAGUUUUUCUACCGUACGCACGAUCCCACGCAAUGGGAGGGUCAGGGUCCCGACAUUGGACCGCAGUACCGCAGUGCGCUUUUCCCUCAUACAGCCGAACAAGAAGCUACAGCACGUAGGGUGACAGAACAGGUCCAAGCGAAGCACUUUGAUCCUAAGGGAAUGCGGAUCGUAACGACGAUUGAGCGGGCACCAGUUAGUGAUUUCUUUGAGGCGGAGCCCUACCAUCAAGAAUACAUUAUCAAUAAUCCUAAUGGCUACCAUUGCCCUACGCACCGGCUCUGGUGGUAA